AAAAAGACAAAAGUCUGCCUUUCAGACCUUUUUUUUCUCGCUUCCAGUCGAGGCCUUUCGCUUUCGCCUUCACUUUUCCCACUUAAUCUAAGCAUUCAUCCCGUCUUCACCACAUCUAAACACUUCCCAUUGUCCACUCCCUCUCUCUCUAGAUUCCCUUUCCCUUCUUCCACCAGCCCCCUCUUUUAACUCAUCGAAACAAGAAAAUGAGCAAACCGCACAGACCGCCUUCAGGCCGUACAAAUAUUGCUUCAUGCAUAGUAGCUACAAUCUUCCUAAUCUUUGUUGUUAUCAUAAUCCUUAUCGUCUUCUUCACUGUUUUCAAGCCUAAAGACCCGAAAAUAUCUGUUAACGCUGUUCAACUCCCAUCAUUUGCCGUCUCUAAUAACACUGUUAACUUCACUUUCUCUCAAUAUGUCUCCGUCAAGAAUCCAAAUAGAGCUGUUUUCUCUCACUACGACAGUACCCUUCAGCUUCUUUACUCGAGUUCUCAAGUCGGGUUCAUGUUCAUUCCCGCUGGCAAAAUUGAUGCGGGUCGGACCCAGUACAUGGCCGCUACCUAUUCUGUUGAGUCUUUCCCUUUAUCUGCUUCGCCGGAUGCAGCGGUUAAUGUGGGACCUGCUUUCAAUGACGGUGGUUUUGGCGGUGGUGGACGGCCAGGUUUUAAUAACGGGUUUCGGGUCGGACCAACCAUGGAGAUUGAGUCAAGAAUCCAAAUAGCGGGUCGGGUUCGGGUCUUGCAUUUUUUCACCCAUCAUCUGGAGACUAAAGUUAGAUGCAGAGUUACAAUUUCCGUGAGUGAUGGAUCUGUUUUAGGGUUUCAUUGCUAAUAAUACUGACAACCCCCCCCCCCACCCCAACCCCCCCUUUUGUUUUAGGUUUUUAAGUGUAGUUUUUAUGCAGCCUUUUCUUUUAAUUGUUUGUAUUUUUUGGUUUUUAAAUAUGAGGCCUAGUGUGUUGAAGGAAGUGUAAAAUCUUGAUAUUUCCACGAGUGGGUUUUGUUCUCUCUUUGAUCUGCAUUUUGAGAAUCUUGAGCUCAUGUAGUUACAUCCCUUUUCUUU